CGAACCGGGACGGCCAUUGCCGCUCCACUCUUGGAUUCGGACUGCGGCGAGAGACCCGCCAGUGCCACGUGCCUCCGAGUCCGACGGCCUCAUAUCUGUCUCGGUCAUCGUCAGAAGGGAGAAUACCAGAGCGGCCGUCCUCAACAUUUCCCUCUCCUCCUCCUCUUGAUGGCGAAAUUAAAAACAGAUUCUCCCCUUUGCCGGCGAAUUGUUCUGUCCUUCUUGGAUUUUCUCAACUCAGUUGAGCCAGCUCCAGGAGUUGAUAUUGAGGGUUUUGAAGUUGUUAGAGACUGUUUGGAAGAUAUUUUUGGACUUGAUGCACUGGCUGUAGAUGGUCCUCCCAAUCCUAAUUUGUUGGUUGACUAUUUCAAUUCGUUGGAGCGAAAGAAGCAAGAAAUAGAUUUUCAGAAUGUUGUAAUGACAUCAGAUGCUGCUACUACUAGCUCAAGUCAAAAUACAUCUGCAGUGAAACAUAUGGAUGCAGGAGCAUCACAGAGUGAGGGUUCCCCUUCUGAUGCGAAAAAUGCAGAUAAUGGCAGAGGUGUUUCGAAAGAUGAGCUCUUUGACCACUUUCUUGGUGAGCUUAGGAGAAUUCACUACCUUGGUGGCACGCCUCAUGGGGAUGAUCAUGAUCAAAUAGUUAAAGCAAAAGAGGCUUUUGAUGAUGCGAUGAAGGAGAUGGAGAACUCUAGCUGCCAAAAGCUUAACCCUAAGAACCUAGCAGAAGCACUAAAAUCACUAGGUAAUCAUGCAAUGCGAUCAAAAUUGUACUCAGAUGCAAUUGACUUGUAUACAUUUGCCAUUGCACUUUGUGAGGACAAUGCUGUAUAUUAUUGCAACAGGGCGGCUGCAUACACGCAGAUUCAAAAGUAUCUCGAGGCCAUUGAUGACUGUGAGAAAUCAAUCUAUAUUGAUCCAAACUACAGCAAGGCAUAUAGCCGACUUGGUCUUGCACACUAUGCACAAGGAAAUUAUAAUGAUGCAAUUUCUCAAGGGUUUUUGAAAGCUCUACAACUCGAUCCUACCAGCAGUUCCAUUCAGGACAACAUUAGGGUGGCAGAACAAAAACUGAAGGAAGAGCUUGAAAGAAAUGCAAGCAAUCAGAAUGAUGCAGUACAUGGAAACCAAGAGUCCAGCAGUCAGUCAUCAAGUUCAAGGAGGCCGACUGCACCCUUCACUUCAGUCCCAUUUGAUGCUUCUCUUCCAUCUGAUUUUGCUAACAUCUUUAUGAAUAUGGCUACAAAUGCAUUUCAAGGCCAACACACUGAUGAUCGGAGUAAUGAAGCUGGCAAUCCUGAUGGGACAGGCAAUCCGGAGAUAAGAAUUGGUGGAAACAUAAGCUUGAAUUUUGAGGGACCAGAACAGGUAGCUGGUUCUUUGAGAUCUUUGAUGGAGAUGCUUUCUGCUGCUAAUCAAACUCGAGGAGACAGUGCACAGCAAACUUCAGAACGAAAUUAAUUUUGCUUCCCUGCACAGUCCACCUGUUACAUGCUUCUCAGUUCCUUCUUACUAGGGAAACACUUUUGUAAAAUGGAUGACAUGCUUCACUCAUUGGUAAUAUUUUAAUUUUUAUAAUCAUUAGAACAUUCUAACUUA